GAUUUCAGUUUUUCUGACAGUUGUAUGAAAGGAUGAUUGCUCACAAACAGAAAAAGACAAAGAAAAAACGUGUUUUGGCAUCAGGCCAAGUAUAUUCUGAUGUUACAACUUCUGAAAUGGGGCUCAAGUCCAUAAGUUCCAACUCCAUUUUUGAUCCGGAUUACAUCAAGGAGUUGGUGAAUGAUAUCAGGAAGUUCUCCCAUAUGUUACUAUAUUUGAAAGAAGCUAUUCUUUCAGAUUGCUUUAAAGAAGUCAUUCAUAUACGUCUGGACGAACUUCUCCGUGUUUUAAAGUCUGUAAUGAAUAAGCAUCAGAACCUUAAUUCUGUUGAUCUUCAAAAUGCUGCAGAAGUGCUUAUUGCAAAAGUGAAAGCUGUGAACUUCACAGAAGUUAAUGAAGAAAACAAAAACGAUCUUUUCCGAGAAGUGUUUUCUUCCAUUGAAACAUUGGCUUUCACGUUUGGGAAUAUCCUUACAAACUUCCUUAUGGGAGAUGUAGGCAAUGAUGCAUUAUUGCGACUGCCUGUGUCUCGGGACAGUAAGUCUUUUGAAAACAUUUCUGUGGGAUCUGUGGACUCAUCCAAUGAGAAAGAAAAUAUUUCUCCUAUAGAACUGGACAAUGUGCUCUUAAAGAACACUGACUCUGUAGAAUUGGCUUUGUCAUAUGCUAAAACAUGGUCAAAAUAUACUAAGAACAUAGUUUCAUGGGUUGAGAAAAAGCUUAACUUGGAGUUGGAGUCCACUAGAAAUAUUGUGAAGUUGGCAGAGGCAACUAGGACUAACAUUGGAGUACAGGAAUUUAUGCCACUGCAGUCUCUAUUUACUGAUGCUCUUACUAAAGAUAUAGAGAGCAGUCACCUUUUGCAAGAAACAAUUGCAGCUCUCCAAGCUAACAAAUUUGUGCAGCCUUUACUUGGGAGAAAAAAUGAAAUGGAAAAACAAAGGAAAGAAAUUAAAGAACUUUGGAAACAGGAACAAAAUAAAAUGCUUGAAACAGAGACUGCUCUUAAAAAGGCAAAAUUGUUAUGCAUGCAACGUCAAGAUGAGUAUGAAAAAGCAAAAUCAUCCAUGUUCCGUGCAGAAGAGGAACAUCUGUGCUCAAGUGGAGGAUUAGUGAAAAAUUUCAAGCAACUAGAAAAAAAGCGAAAGCUGGAAGAGGAGGCUCUUCAAAAAGUAGAAGAAGCAAAUGAACACUACAAAGUUUGUGUGACAAAUGUUGAAGAGAGACGGAAUGAUCUAGAAAACACCAAAAGAGAAAUUUUAGCACAACUCCGGAAACUAGUUUUCCAGUGUGAUCUUACCCUUAAAGCUGUAACAGUUAACCUUUUCCAUAUGCAGCAACUGCAGGCUGCCUCCCUUGCAAAUAAUCUACAGUCUCUCUGUGACAGUGCCAAACUCUAUGACCCAGGCCAAGAGUACAGUGAAUUUGUCAAGGCUACAAACUCAACUGAAGAAGAAAAAGUUGAUGGGAAUAUAAAUAAACAAUUAACAAAUAGUCCCCAAACCUCUGGAUAUGGACCUGCUGACUCUUUAGAAGAUGUUGUGCGCCUCCCUGACAGCUCUAAUAAAAUUGAAGAGGACAGAUGUUCUAACAGUGCAGAUAUAACAGGUCCUUCUUUUAUAAGGUCAUGGACAUUUGGGAUGUUUAGUGACUCUGAGAGUACUGGUGGGAGCAGUGAAUCUAGAUCCCUGGAUUCAGAAUCUAUAAGUCCAGGAGACUUUCAUCGAAAACUUCCACGAACUCCAUCUAGUGGGACCAUGUCUUCUGCAGAUGAUCUAGAUGAGAGAGAACCACCAUCCCCUUCAGAAGCUGGACCUAGUUCUCUUGGAACAUUUAAGAAAACAUUGAUGUCAAAAGCAGCUCUCACUCAUAAGUUUCGCAAAUUGAGAUCCCCGACAAAGUGUAGAGAUUGUGACAGCAUUGUAGUAUUCCAAGGUGUUGAAUGUGAAGAGUGCCUCCUUGUUUGUCACCGGAAGUGUUUGGAAAAUUUAGUCAUCAUCUGUGGUCAUCAGAAACUUGUGGGGAAAAUAAACUUAUUUGGAGCAGAAUUCACACAAGUUGCAAAAAAGGAACCAGAUGGCAUCCCUUUUAUUCUCAAAAUUUGUGCCUCAGAAAUUGAAAAUAGAGCCUUGUGUCUUCAGGGAAUUUAUCGUGUAUCUGGAAACAAAAUAAAGACUGAAAAACUGUGCCAAGCUUUGGAAAAUGGAAUGUACUUGGUAGACAUUUCCGAAUUUAGUUCACAUGAUAUCUGUGAAGUCUUGAAAGCAUACCUUCGACAGCUUCCAGAGCCAUUUAUUUUAUUUCGAUUGUACAAGGAAUGUAUAGACCUUGCAAAAGAGCUCCAACAUGUAAAUGAAGAACAAGAGACAAAAAAGAAUGGUCCUGAGGACAAAAAAUGGCCAAGUGCGUGUAUUGAAAUAAACCGAAUUCUUCUAAAAAGCAAGGACCUUCUCAGACAGUUGCCAGCACCAAAUUUUAACAGUCUCCAUUACCUCAUAGUACAUCUUAAACGGGUAGUAGAUCAUGCAGAAGAAAACAAGAUGAAUGCCAAAAAUUUGGGUUUGAUAUUUGGGCCAUGUCUCAUUAGGCCAAGGCCAACAGCUGCUCCUGUCACCAUCUCCUCCCUUACUGAAUAUUCACAUCAAGCACGAUUGGUAGAGUUCCUCAUUACUUACUCACAGAAGAUCUUUGAUGGGUCCCUACAGCCACAGGAUAUUGUUGUGGGCAGUACAGGUGUGGUUGCACCUCACAUUGAUCAAGGCUGUCUUCCAAAGCCUCUGUUAUCACCAGAAGAAAGAGACCCAGAACAUCCCAUGAAGUCACUGUUUUUUUCAUCAAAGGAAGAUAUACAGACUGCAGAUAGUGAAAGCAAAGUUUUGGAACCAGUUACAUCAUUUGAGGACUCAGAACACAAGCAGAAUGCAUUAGAAAAAUGCACUGCACAUCUUAAUGACAAAGUGAAUUUGAUACUAGACCAAGAGUUUGAAAUAGCAUCCCAGAAAGUGGAAGAUGUGUGUAAAUCCCCUAAGCCACUUGCUCUGAAAUCUGAUAGGGAAGCAAGCUGUGGUGAGAGGCAUACUCGAAGGACCAAGGUAAUGGUUAGACCUAUAAGUUUGCCUGUAGACAGACUCCUUCUUGCAAACCUUCCUAACGAGAGAAAUGGCAGAUACAUGGGAAAUGUAAAUUCAGACCGUUUUUGCAAGAAUCCUGCCAUGGAAGGAGUUAAUAAAAAAGAGACCCCUACUACUGUGUGUUCCAAACUUGAUGGCAGUGACCAGCAGACUCUACAAAAAACUUGGGACAAACAGUAUGAACAAAAUGACCUGACCACAAAGACUGUAAGGAUUGUACCCAGUGCACUGCAGGAAAAAGGAGUGACAACAAACCUGAGGACUAGUGGGGACCAUUUGGUCAGUGCCACCCAGCCCAGUAAGCCAUACACAGAGCCAGUCCGGUCAGCAAGAGAAGUGCUGGAAAGACGGUCCUCAGAUUCCAAUCCUGUUGUUUCUGUCAGAGCACAUAGAACACUGCAGCCCCAACACUGGACAACAUUUUAUAAACCGUGGACUCCCGGUAGCAGUGUAAAGGGGAAUGAAGAGAGACCUGCCAAGUCCUCUGCAGCAGUGCUUCCUGGCACAACGCAUGCUCCCCAGGGUCACGUGUUGAAAUCACUUCCAGACUCAGAAAGCAUAGCAGCUUGUCCUGGGCAGCCUGUUGGCAAGCCUAACGAGAACUCCGAGCAGCCCGACCUGCCUGAUGUGAACCCCAUGUGUCAGAGACCACGGCUAAAACGAAUGCAACAGUUUGAAGAACUCGAAGAUGAAAUCCCACAAUUUGUAUAG